AGGACCGAGUGCACCUCGUCAUGGAGCUGUGCUCUGGCGGGGAGCUGUUCGACCGCAUCGCAGACGCUGGAGCUAGUGGCUUCAGCGAGGCAACUGCGGCCGAGUACGUUCAGCAGAUGCUCGCAGGGAUUUGUUACCUGCACGCGCACGAGAUCGCGCACAGGGACGUGAAGCCAGAAAAUCCGCGCGCGCUUCGCGGCAUCACUCCCAGAUGUCGGAUCGGAGAUUCCUCUCUCUCUCUCUCUCUCGUGUGGGUACCUCUUCCUCCUCUGAGAUGGAUCCUCGGAAUUCGAACGCCCUGCACGGGGCUGGCGAAUAUUCUCUUCGAGAGCCACGCGGCCGAUGCCGCCCUGAAGCUGAUCGACUUCGGCCUCGCGACCCGCUUCAAGCCCGGCGCGCUGAUGACCACGAGGGUGGGCACUGCGUACUACGUCGCGCCAGAGGUGCUGAGGAGCGGGGACGCCCGGGGCUACAGCGAGAAGUGCGACGUCUGGAGCGCCGGCGUGAUAGCCUACGUCCUGCUCUGCGGGUACACGCCAUUCUCCGGCGAUACGGAUAUGGAGAUUCUCAAGAAGGUGCGCAAGGGCUUGCUCAGCUUCCACGGCACGGAGUGGACGGCGGUGUCGCAGGCCGCGAAGCACGCCGUGGGCAAGCUGCUCGCCUUCAAGUCGCCGGAGCGCCCGUCCGCGCAGCAGGCCCUGGAGCUCCCCUGGCUGCGGUCGCCGCUCAGCGGCCCACAGAGGCCGCGC